GGGAGUGGACCAAUGGGAGCUACAAAAUUAAUAUUUGGACUUUUGAGUUUAAUUGUCUUCUUUAAUUCAUGGCAAGGCUGAAGCAUGAACAGAAUAAUUGAAACACUGCAGAUAAGUCAUAUAUCAUAUCGAAAUACAGACACUUUGUAGUAAAUGAUCAAGGACUACUUCGACACGCGGGAAGAGACUAUGCCUGACAACGGCCUAGAACCGAGGCGGAGUAACACGACGCGGGUUCACCACUCGUCACUCGAAGUGACGAGUGGUGAACGUGUCGAAGUAGAUUUUUUUACACGAGGCUGAGGAACAGCAGGUGAGUUUAAUUAUCUCUAAUUAAGUCUUUUAACAUUAACCUCAUGUGUAGUAACGUAAUAACGUUAAAUGUGUAGGUUGUGCUUUUUUAAUAGCCUGGAAAAUGUGACUGCAACAUUAGUUUUUAUUCGAGCCCGACAUGAGUUAGCUACACAGCAAAAUCUGCGGUGUUAAAUAGUGUUAAUAUUUCAGUGUUAAUUAUUUCGAGUUGCUUAGUGUUGAUUUUGGUGUUAUUUUAACACUUGCAGUGCUAAAAUAGCUCUGUGCGUGGUGUUGUUUAAGAGAGUUGAUUGUAUGCACUCUCAACGGAGUUAAUCUUAGAGAUAAUUCCAUAUCCGGUUUUAAGGCGCUCUUUUUCUUGAAAACGGCCAUUGCACUGCAGUCUUGGUAGAGAAAGGCAGCCCAGCUUCUGGAAGGGGAACGUAAUAUACUAUUUGAAAAGGUAAGUACCAGAUAUAUUUCAUUAUUUAGCAAGUUACUCUUUAUAUAAAAAUGAGUGUUCGUAAAUUAUGUGCCGCAAAUGUGUUGAAGUUGGUGGGGAUAUAAUGCUAAUUUUGCUUUGGCUACAUUAGCUAACUAGCACAAAUAAAUGGGCGAAUUUUUCGCAAUUUCGUCAGUUAAUGAACUGGCUCUUUUUAUGUAUUUAUUUGCACUCGUUUUAUUUAGUUUUAAGUUCUAAGCAAUAAGACCGAUUCAGCAGGGCUAACCAAGCUGUAGCAAUUUAGCUAGCCAGGCUGGGUAAAUUAUCUAUGCUAAUGUAUUUUCAACAGAAGUGCAACACGUGGUGGGUUCUGGAGGGUGCUUGAAAAGUUUCUGUCGGAUAAGGCAUCAUGUUGCUGAAGGUGAAAUACCAGGGUACCAAGAAGUACAUCAGAUUGCAGUCAGGCUUCACCUAUUUGGAAUUCAUCAAUGAAGUCAAAAGCAAGUUUGGUCUUCCUGAUGCGACUGACCUUCAAAUCUUUGAUGAAACCGACACAGCAGUGGAUGAAGACAUCCUACUUGAACUGAUCGAGUCCAAUCCUGACUUAUGCCUGACAGUAUGUGACAGCUUUUCAGUUGAAGAUCAUUCAUCACCAUCUUCCCUCACGGAUACCAUGUCACCUUCUUCGAGUGAUAAUGACCUCUCCAGUCGAAGAGAACAGGGGAUUCCCAUAGACAGAAAUGUAUCCAACUUUGAAGUCAUGAACAGAAGUACCACAGAGGCCUCAGGGUCAGAGGCAGCGAAAGAGAUGGUAGAAAAUGCCUUGCUAAGGAAACCUGGAGGUGAGGAUGUCCUGGAAGAGUACAAGUCAGAAAAUACGUUGACGCACAGCACCCGGAGACACCUUGUUAACAUUCUGACUAGCCAUAUGACUGAAAUGCAUGGGAGGAUUGUUCCACGUCAGCAAAAAGAGAAGUAUGCCCUGGGAAUCAUUACACUCUUUCCCUCGCUGAAGGAUCCUUUUUCUCCAAAGGGAUAUGAGCACUUCUAUGAUGGGGUGAAAAACACAGGAUUUUUAUCAUGGCGCCUGAGGACCAUGUCCAGGAAGAACCGGGCGACGGGCAGUCCACAGGCAGGCACAGUGCCUCAACUACAAGGACCAAAGCGCCAAAGACCAGCUGCCACAGAGCAGCAGCAGCUUGAUGGAGAUGCUUGCAGGGAGGCUAUUUAUUUUCUUGUUCACUCUCCUGAUGAGGCAGGUGUGUUUGAGAAGAUGAAGUUGACCUUACAACAUCGCCAAGACCUAGUGCGUGAUGCACAGAGAUCUGCCGACAUCUUCAAAACAUUUCCACGUUUUAUAGAUGUCAAAGGACUACUGAAUCAAGACUUCCUGCUGCUGUUUGGUGGUGAAACAGCAUCCAAGAUGCUUGAAAAGUGGGACACGGCAUUCAAGUACAAGGUUAUCAAAGAGGCCAAACAACUGACUCAGUCAAAAGAGCUGUGCCGACUUCUGAAUGCUGCUGAGAAACCUACGGAGAAUGAUGACACUAGCUGGGACAGUGACAUGGCUUCUCUGCUGCUGCUCCUUCAUCUCUUGCCACCCACAGCUGGACGGAAGAGGAGCAAAAUCAGUGCCAGUGAUGCAGUGGAAAAAAUGGUUCACUUUCACAAGUCGUGCUGCAGCAUUGAUGAACACCUGCGUGGGAGAAAGGGUCAACAACCGUACAUCCUUGCUGCUGGUCGCACCCAGAACAAGAUUGACAACUUCUAUAUUGUCGUUGACAAACAGCUCAUCCCCUGCCAAGCCACCAGCUCCUUAGGUGCUUUUGAUGAACUGUUCAAAUCACACUACGUGUUCAACCUGUCAUACGAGGAGUCCCUGGUCCAGCUCUACACAUUUGUGCAGACAACAGUCUACAACAUCGAUGUCACAACAACAGAUGAGUCUCCAAGAAUCCGUGAGUUGCGGGCAAAACUCCUGAACUAGGAUUAA